UUGAUGGUAAACAGUCUUUUUGUAUCACAAAUUGUCACUUAUACGUUGCACUGAAAUUUUAUAAAUCAAAAAGAUACUUACUGAAACGUUAUAUGUUUCAUUUACUGCCGAAUGUUUCUGUAAAACGUCCUCAUUUAAGUUGCAAAAUCUUGUAUUUUUGUGCUUUGAAAUAAUUUAUAAAAUGUGUGUUUUAUUGUAGAUCUUUGAACAGCUUUUAGUUCAGAAGAAAAGUUGACUUGGAGCUGAGGGCUCAUCAAAAAUGAAACUUUUAAACAAUGGAUGAGCAAAAUAUUGACGAGGAAAAUUUCCCAUGCGUGUAACUCGAGGAAAUAAUGUUGCAAACGAUGGACAGCGAUUUUCAUUCAGAAAGCAGCUCAAGUAUGGAAGAAUCAGGUGACAGUGGCGAUGAAAAUGAUCUGGGUGAAACCUGCUACUUUGGAAAGCGAAUUUUACAUCUGCCUGAAUGCUUCUGUUUUGAGGAAGAAGUUUUUAAAGAAGUCUUAAAUCCCAGCACAUGGAAAAUGGUUUUAAACAGUCACAAUGGUGAUAGAUUAAAAAGACUUCUUCCUGAUUUUCCUGAAAAUGAUGAAAAAGAAAAGGAAGAAACUUUACGGAAACUGGUGGAAGGAGAAAAUUUUAAAUUUGGAAAUCCACUUAACCAAUUCUUCAGUAGGUUGAAAGAUGGAUUUCUCUCGACUGAUGUAGUAGAAGUGACAAAUGCAUUAAAAAGAGCAAACUACAGAGAGUACAAAAAUCAGCAACAACAGUAUGCUUAUCACCUUUUGCGAGACAUUUUAAUAUCUCGUAAAAAAUUAGUUGAUGCCACUCAUAGCUUACCUCCUGAUCAAACUGUGAAAAUGCAGCAAUUUAUUGCAAAACCAAAAGAUGCUACUCUUUCUGAAAGAACUAGGUUGCGCUAUUUUUCCACUCUUCAGGACCUUUGUGAAGAAAUAGGAGAAAAUGACACAUCUUCGGAAGAUGAAAACUAUCCAGAGUGCAGUCUUCCAAAAGUUUCCAAAAAGUACAAAAAACAGGUGCAUAUAAAUGAAACUUUAUCAAGUCCUGAAUUUGCAAGAGUAACUUCAACUAUAUCAUCUCUUCCUGGGCAUCCCAGUUCAGGACAUUUUUUCAAUCAUUUGAUAGAUAUGUUCGAAGUUUCAGAAGAAAGAUAUCGAGAAAUGCUAUCUACACACAGAUUGAGAACAGUGCUUGAUCCAGAUCACCCUGAGCUUGUUAUCUCGCAUAUAGAUUUGAAAGAAAUUACUUCAAGAUCCAAUCUAAAUAAACGUCCAAAUAACAGAGGCUCUGAAAAUCUGCUAAAGAAAAAACGAACAUGCUCGGAGAACUCAGAAAAACAUGCAAACUCAGUAUUUUUACAUGAUUCUGUUGAAGGUGAAUCGUCCACAUCUUUUUCAAAUAUAUUUCCCAGAGAAGAGUCGUCAUUCAAUAGUAGUGGACCAGAAGUGAUGUUAGACAAUACCUCUCCAUCUGUCCAAGAGACUGAAGUUCAAACUGAUCCAUUGAUUAUACUAGAUGAUUGUGAAGACUCUCAAAUUCAUGAUAACAUACAACAGGCUAACAGGUUGUCAUCUCCAAAUUCUGAAGUUCACCAGUAUCCAACAUGCUUCUUUGCCCUAUUGCGAGACAUAUUUUGUGAAUCUGUUGAACAAAAAUUAUCUGCUGUAAAACUUGAGGAAAAAGUAAAAAAUUGGCAAGGUGGACCUACAGCAGCUUUAUUCGAAUGGUUAAACUUUCAAGAAUCUUGGUCUGAUCUUGUGACUUCAGCUCUGAAAUUUUUGGCAGGAGAUCUGAUUAGCAUCUUGCCGGACACAUUUGUACCUUUUUUGGAUUAUAAAGAGAAACAACAACAGUGGCAGUGGAUUGGGUCGGGAAGAGAUUCUGAUGAACAGAUGUUUGAUCUUUGCCAGCAGUGGCUUGAAAGCAAAGAUGAUGUAUCUUCAGACAUAUUAGAAACAUCACAAGGCUCCCCACCACCACCAAGAGUCACAACUGGGUGGAUUGUAAGACCUACUGCUGAUGAGGAGAAAAAAAUUUACAGAGAACAAGAAUGCAUUCGAUACCAAAAUCCGCACAAAGCAUUUACAUUCAAAGUUCAUGGAUAUGAAGCUGUUGUGGGUCCUGUUAAAGGUGUUUAUGGAAAAGAAAGUGGCAUUAAUAAAGCGAGAGAACAUUCAUUAUUGACGUCAGAUAGGCCUCCAUUUGUGACAAUUCUAUCUUUAGUUCGAGAUUCUGCUGCAAGACUUCCCAAUGGGGAAGGAACGCGUGCUGACAUAUGUGAACUUUUGAAAGAUUCUCAAUAUUUAGCUCAAGCAAGUGAUCAGCAGAUACACACUGUUGUUAGUGGGGCUCUUGAUCGUUUGCAUUAUGAAAAAGAUCCAUGUGUGAAAUAUGAUGUAAAUAGAAAAUUGUGGAUUUAUCUGCAUCGCCAUAGGACUGAGGAAGAAUUCGAACGAAUUCAUCAAGCCCAAGCAGCUGCUGCCAAGGCUAGAAAAGCUGUACAGAAAAACAAAAUACCAAAAUUUAAAAGCAAGGAAAUAUCUCGUGCGGUAACAACAACUCCUGAAUGUGUUACAGUUUUGAAUGUUGACAUCCCUUCAACAGCUACUCAAACAACAACACAAAGUCCUCGUGGGGGAGCAAGCCCCAGAACUCAGGGAAGCCCAAAAUCUAGUCAUGCAAUAAGCCGCUAUGUGAUGCAUGCUGUUUCUGCAGCUAGCCAAGCAGAAGUCAAAUGUGCUACUUUAAACAUUGAAAACCAAAGCAAAAUGAGUCAAGAAGUUUUGCCAAAAGAACACCAAAGUAAAAAAGCCAUUAAAACUGAAUCUCAUCCUCAAAUUUCAAUUCCUGUAUCUACUACUUGUGAUAAUGAGAAACUUACUCUUAUAUCGAAUUCCCAAGUCCAAGAUGUUGGGAAUUCGCACCAAACUUCACUAGGUGGAAAUUUACCUUUAUCAAAUGCAAAAAAUAUGUUAGGUAAACCUACUCAGAUUGUUAGUGUUACUCCUGUGAGUUUGAAAUCUUGUAGCUCAGAUCAAGGCAGGACUGUGAUCAGUGUUCCAUCUCAUACACAUGAAACUUUAAAUGUUGACAUGAAGCCAUCAUCACCCUCCUUUGUUGGGCAACCACCUGUUUUACAACCUAUUUUAAAUCAAUUAGCUGAUAAAUCAAGCUCUGUAAGUAGUAUGUCAACAAAUGUUACACCAAGUGUAAUGUCUUCUAGCUCCUCAGCUGUAACUAAAGCUAAAGUAACUUGCACAAGCAUAGCAGGACUGCCUUCCACAGCCAUUGCUGGUUUUCAAACUAUUGUUAUAAAACAAGAACCUGGUUUACGGACUUGCAGUGGCGUUCCUACAAUUCCUGUGUUAUCUAUUGAAGAAAGAUUACCUUGUAAUAAUCAGUCAUCAUUGAAUUCUGGUCCUGUUGUUGCAAGAUUAGUUCAUGGCUCACAGUAUCUUUCAUUCAGCAACUUAGUUGCAGGUUCAACUUCUUGCUCUCCAUCAAAACCACUAACUGGUACUGUUCAAAACUUUCGAGUUCAGGGAGGAAAUAUUUGUCAGCAAGUGUUAUCCACUUCCACUAUAAAAGUCAUGCACUCCUCUCCUGUAUCAACAAUUACAGAUGCUAGAGUUCCUGUCAUUGCUUUGAAAAAUCAGUUGGCUUCUGGAAAGGAAUCAAAUUUGCUAAAUCAAGCAUCAGCAUUGAAUGUAUGUGGACGAUUGUAUCAAAUGACAAAUGUGAGGAAUGCAGUUGUUUCAAAAGAGUCAGCUGAAAACAAAACUACAGAUGUCAGUGCUCCAAAGGAAAACCCUGAUAUACUAAGCAAAGAUGUUAAAGAAGUUACUAUUCCUACACUUUGUGUAUCCACCUCAGCCUACAAUACACCGGUAACAAUUCCAAACAGAAAUCAACAAACAAUAAUAAAAGUGUCUCCAAAAAUUGAAAAAUUGUAAGACAUGCUGUCAAUUUAUGCAGUGAAUCCAAACCUGUAAUGGAAAAAAAUCAUGAAAAAAUGGAGUGAUUUGAUGCUUUUAUUGAAAGACAAUUAUGCUAGGCUAUCAGGAGUUACUAGUGUGACUUUUAAAAAGUUCUUGUCUUUUAAAAAAUGUUAAAAAAAUGUCAGAUUUUAUUAUUUAUUUUAUUGUAAUGUUUGUAUAUGUGUGUUUUGACCAUCUGUUAAAUAAA